AGUUUUUUUUUGUUAAUUUUAUUAUUUUUUAUUCAUAAAUAGUCUCUUCAAUUGAAAAGUUAGUUUUAGUUGAAUUUUAUUUGAAUAGUCAUGACUUCAUCACUACAACAAAGUGUGUCUCAAGUAAUCAAUUCAACAGAAGAUAUAGACAUUGAGCGGUCAUUUGAAGUGUGGAUCAAUCGUAGUCUUAAACGUAGACCAGAUUUGGCCAAAAAGAUUAAUGUUAUUUAUCAGAUAAAUAUCAAGUUUGGUCCCAACUCUGUCAAGCCGUGGACUCUUGACUUAACCACUGGUUCCGGUAAUUAUUAUAAAGGAUCUAAAAGUGAUGUCAAGUGUAGUAUAGGUCUAACGGACAGCGAUUUAGCUAAUAUUCUGAUCAAUAAAAAUUAUUUACGAAAGUUAUUUGUUGAGAGAAAACUGUCUCUCAAAGGCACGAGAGUGGCGUUAGAAAAGUUUCAACAGUUUUGGGUCGAAUCAGACAAUUGUAACAAAGAUUUUAAGUUUAUUAUGAAAUCUAAAGAUGAGACCAAAUCUGAUGAUAUGGUUAUUGCUAACGAAAAUCAUAGUCUACUCGACUCUUUCAAUUGCAAUGGAUUUAAAAGCGAUGUAAUAUUUCAUACAUUGAAGAAUCGUAUGCACGAAGAAAAAGAUAUCGUUAAACAAUUGUCGGGAAUAAUGCAGUUUGACAUCAAUAAGGAUGAUAUCAAAUCUGUUUGGACAAUCGAUUUUACACAACCAUUGGGACAAAAUGUAUAUCCCGGUGCUCCUAAAGGCAAACCCGUUUGCAUCCUUUCAAUGGCUGACGAAGAUUUUGCUAAAAUGAUGGUCAAUAAGUUAAAUCCACAAAAGGCAUUUAUGAUGGGAAAGAUGAGAGUAAAGGGACAAAUACUCGCCAUUUAUAAGUUGUUUACCGUUUGGAUUGACGCGGCUUUUAAUAAGAAAAGAGCACCAGAAGUGCCAUAUAUUGAAAAGAUUUUGUUUAGUAAUGAUUUGAUAUCCGGAUUAAAGAGUGAGAUAAUUAUAUUUCGAUUAAUCCAACGGUUUGUCAAAUAUUCACAGCUGUGUAAAGAAGUUGAAGGAAAUUAUUAUUUCAAUAUUACUAAAGACUCUAAAUUAGUGUCCAAAUGGAAACUGGAUUUCUCUUCAGACAAAACUUGUGGUGUAUUUAGUCGAUUGACCAUUGAUUCCGACUCAAAGUUUGAGCCAUUAAUUACUAUAGAAGACAUUGAUUUUGCUUUAAUGGCACUCAAUAUGUUAAAUAUUGAAAAGGCGAUGACAUCUAAUCGUAUUAAAGGAGACAUCACUUUAGCCCCAAAACUUUUUAAGAUUUUUCAGUCAACAUAUAUUCAAAAAAAGAUGUCCAGAGUAUCGUCUUUGGAAAUAACAAAAGAUAAUCCAAACACUAAUAAUAAUAAUAUUGAAAACAAUUACUUGACUGUAGAUCAAGAAAUAGACAGCAACAACAAGAUGUGGUCAAUAAUGGAUUCAGUCAAAGAUCAAUUGGCAAAGAUUGAACUCUGGGGUAAUAAAAUUGGAGUUAAUUUAGUUGUUGUUUCCGAUAAAGUGAGAAACAGUUCCCGAAAAACACUAAUGUGUCAGUUAUUGGUUGAUGAGUCUUCAAAUGAUUUACUUUUAGAUUUCGGUGAUUUGACUUAUUUUUAUGGAACAGCUUUUAAACGACUUUACUUUAAUUUAUUUGUCAUAAGUUGGGGACUUUUGGCUCUCUUUCUUUAUUUAUUAAUUUCUGGAAAUAAUAACGAAGAACAAGAAUGGAUAACAAAAUUUGAGAAAAAUUGGAGAAACACUUAUUUCAGAGCUCCGAAAAUUAAGAGUAAAGUGAUCGACAACUUUGCUAAGUGUGCCGAUAAGGCCACUAAAACGGUUAAACUGGCCAUUGCUUGUUAUGCCCUCUUUAUUGUUGGGCUCAGCAUUUAUGGCGGUAUCACAAACUUUUCAUCAUUUGAUAGAUCAGCUCUAAUAUAUACUAUAUGGUCAAUAGUAUUAGUUAUAUGGUGUGCAAUAACUUCAACAAUAAAUCUGAUAGCUUUGGGUCACUAUUAUCUGCUAACCCGAGCCAUAAUCAUACGUUUCAGUGAAGUUCACAACGAUUUUGAAUAUGGCAUAAGAAAUAAACCUCAGUCUGAACCCUGGGUUUUGUCCAAACUGUUUGAGAAACACUACUUGACCUGCGAUUUGGUCAAAGGCGUUGUUCUCAUUUACAUAAUUAUCAAUGGAUUGCAAUUGCUAUUGGUUUCAGUGUCGUCAGCAAAGAUCACAUCAAUGGCCCACAAACCGUAUCAUGUGGUCCACGGUAUCGGCAAAAUGGUUAUCCCAGAAAACGUUCAAAAUCAGGCCCAAUUAUUUGUUGAAAGACUUAGCAGUAGUUCAGUUGGUAUGACUAUAUUGGAUGGUUUUGUGGUAUCGGGAGGAGUCCUAUCGAGUAUCUUAACGGGAAUAAUCACUUACUUUUCAAUUAUAGUCGAAAUGAACUGA